GUGAUGUGGAGUGUAGAUGAUGCCGUGCUCAUGUGCGUCGUGCGUUUGCACCACGUGAUGUGCACGAGGUGCGUGCGGUGCCGCUGGGCAGGUAUAUAAGCUCCUCCUGCGCUCCGUCGACGCUCUUCUGUACACACACUCUCUCUUUUCUUCGUAUCGAAAGCAACCAGACAGCGGUUCAUGUCUGUGGCCUUCUCUGCGCUUGCAAUCUGCCCAUGCUCUCAGGUUCUAAAAACACAAACCCUUAAAGUAGGCAAGGAUGUCUGCUUCUCUCUGCCUCUCUUCUCUGUCUCCCUGGCUCUGGUUCUCUAUCCCUCUGUUUGACAUUCAUCCCGAUAUGUUUGGAUGUCUGCACGCUUCUCCGAAAGUUUUGAAAUUUUGGAAGGAGACUUUAUGUCUGCGGCUCAACAUGUGUCUGCGGUGCUUCUGUCUAGCGCAUUCUCUGCGCUCUAAACCGACAGAUGGCCGCUACCAUGUCUGCGGCCUUCUCUCCAGAGACCGCACACAAAUUGAUGAUGUCUGCGGUGCUCCUGCCUGCUGCACUCUCUGCAUCCCAAAGGAACUGACACAUUGUUUAUGUCUGCGACUCUCUCUUUGAAGUCGUCAUACCCAAUAACGAUGUCUGCGGCGCUUCUGCCUGCCGCCCUCUCUGCAUUCCAAACCAGGCUUCCCAUGUUCACAUGUGUUCUGCUCUCUUUCUGCACCAGAAUGUUGUACGACGACUUCUGCCGCGCUUCUGCCGGCCCAGUGAUUGCUCACUCUCCGCAUUUUGAAAAUAGCAGUCAUGGAAGAACAGAUCUAUGUUGCUCUCUCGAAAACCCUCAAUUGCAGUAUCAAUGGGGGAGCUGUCUGGGUUUCUGGAUGCCCUCGAGUAUCCAAAUACUAAAGGCUAUUAGACAUG